AGAAAAUAUGAAAUAAUGUAUUAGAUAGUGAUAUUUAUUGUUUUCUUCUGCUAGCUUGCUAGGUGUGAUUAAGAUUUCUUUGAAUAAACUGUAAUUAUGCUAUUGAUUUUAUUGUCUUUGCUGAAACAAUAGAAACUAGUUGGUGAAAAGUAAACUCAUUGAUGUGAUGGUCAUUGCUAAGAACUUGACAAACAUUCGUCGGCUAUAUUUUUAUAAGGCUGGUCGUUUUUACUAGUGUUAAUUAAUCGAGUUUUCUCUUGUAAAGUAUAUAUGUGAUCAGAGCCUGACAGUUGACUUUGACAAAAUCAAGUAGUUAACCAAUUAGCUGAAGUAACCCGAAAGAGUCAUAGGUCUAUUUUACUUUUGAGGGUCAAAGCCAAUGAGCGUUGAGAAUAAUCUGCUUACCCUAUGGCCCAUGGUGUAUGUAGAAUAUCCCCACUCUAUCUGCCAGUUUCUGAAAGCUAUUUUUGCUAUCUAUAUUCCACAUAAUUGCAUAGGGAUUCAUAUGCUAAUGCUUUUUCUUUGCUUAUAAUCUCAAUUUGUGAAAGGAGAAAAGUCUUAUUUUACUCUCCAUGGGUUUUCCAUGUACGGUCAUGAGGCUGAUUCUUGUAUCUGCUAUCUUUGUCAUUGUGCCAUUUGAACAUAGAGAUAUGCUCUGCGCUCAAACUGUCAGAUUGACUGAGGAGACUGAUAAACAAGCAUUGCUAGAGUUCAAGUCGCAAGUUUCAGAAACAAGUAGAGUCGUGUUAGACUCGUGGAAUGACUCCCUGCCUCUAUGUAUGUGGACUGGAAUCAAGUGCGGCUCCAAACACAGAAGAGUAACUGAAGUGGACCUUGGAGGACUGAAGCUAACCGGUGUUCUCUCUCCCUUUCUAGGUAACCUCUCAUUUCUAAGAUCACUGAAUCUUGCAGACAACUUUUUCCGUGGUGCCAUCCCUAUUGAGGUUGGAAACUUGUUCAGGCUUCAAUAUCUAAACAUGAGCAGUAAUCUUCUUGGAGGGGCUAUCCCGGAUGUUCUUUCCAACUGCUCUAGCCUCUCAUCCCUUGAUUUAUCAUCAAAUAAUCUCGAACAAGGCGUGCCUUCAGAGUUCGGUUCCCUGUCUAAGCUUGUCCUUCUGUCUCUCGGUAGAAACAAUCUGACAGGGAAGUUCCAUGCCUCAUUGGGAAACCUGACAUCACUCCAGAUGCUCGACAUCAUUUAUAACCAAAUGGAUGGAGAGAUCCCAGGGAGCAUAGCCAGACUGAAACAGAUGGUGUUCUUCCGAAUAGCACUGAACAGGUUUACAGGUGUGUUCCCUCUUCCAAUUUACAACAUGUCCUCUCUAGUCUUCCUGUCCAUAACCGGCAACAGUUUCUCCGGCUCCCUUAGACCUGACUUUGGUUCCCUUCUCCCUAACCUUCAAAUACUAUACAUGGGGAUAAAUAAUCUCACCGGUUCUAUCCCGGAGUCACUUUCCAAUAUCUCAAAUCUUCAACAGCUUGAUAUCCCAUCUAACUAUCUCACCGGAAAGAUACCAUUGAGUUUUGGGAAACUUGAGAAUCUAUUAAGGCUAGGCCUUAACAACAACUCUCUGGGAAACUACUCCUCUGGUGAUCUUGAUUUUCUUGGUGCAAUGGCUAACUGCACUCAGCUGCAGUACUUGAAUGUUGCUAUGAACAAACUCGGCGGUCAGCUGCCUAUGUCCAUCGCCAAUCUCUCAACCCAGUUAACCGAACUCUCCCUUGGCAUGAACUUCAUAUCUGGAAGUAUCCCUCAUGGCAUUGCGAAUCUCGUACGCCUCCAAGCGUUAGACAUGGGAGAAAAUCUGCUGACAGGCAAGCUUCCUCCCUCCUUCGGCCAACUUUCUGAACUGAGAAAAGUCUUGCUCUAUUCAAAUCAACUCUCUGGAGAGAUACCAUCUUCCUUGGGCAACAUCACUUGGCUAACGUACCUCUAUCUGAUAAACAACAGUUUCGUUGGAAACAUCCCUUCUAGUCUUGGACGCUGCAGCUACCUUCUAGACCUGAACCUCGGGACUAACGAGCUGAACGGCAGCAUACCCCGUGAGCUUAUGCAGCUUCCGUCUCUCAUCAUCUUAAACGUCUCGUUUAACUCGUUGGUCGGGACUUUGAGAGAAGACGUUGGAGAUCUUAAGUUUCUGCUUGGUCUAGACGUUUCGUACAACAAACUGUCGGGACAGAUUCCACGGUCCUUGGGGAACUGUCUCUCGCUAGAGUAUCUUUGGCUGCAAGGGAACUCAUUUGUUGGUCCUAUUCCAGACAUAACAAGGCUGACUGGCCUCAGGUUCUUAGAUCUGUCUAAGAACAAUCUCUCUGGCCCGGUACCUGAAUAUUUGGCAAACCUUUCGAAGCUACAGAAUCUGAAUCUCUCUAUGAACAACUUCGAAGGAGCUGUGCCAACGGAAGGGAUAUUCGGUAAUACCAGUGCAAUGUCUAUCGUUGGCAACGUAAACCUCUGUGGCGGCAUCCCGUCAUUACAGCUUAGGCCGUGCUACGUAGCAUCAUCAGGGAAGAAGCAUUCGUCAGUCAGAAAGAUAAUCGCCAUUUGUGUCAGUGCAGGUAUAGCAUCAGUUUUGCUGUUGUCUUUGUCUGUGUUUUAUAUAUGCCGGCACAAACAGAGGAUGAAGAACGUCAGGGGUAGCAACAAUGAGAAUGAUCAAUCUCUCUCCCCUGUGAAGUCGUUUUAUGAAAAGAUAAGUUAUGAUGAGCUUUACAAGAUAACCGGUGGCUUCUCUUCCAGCAAUUUGAUUGGGUCAGGUAACUUUGGGGCUGUUUAUAAAGGAUCUCUUGGGUCCAAGAACAAGCCUGUUGCAAUAAAAGUUCUGAAUCUCAGCAAACGUGGAGCUGCGAAGAGUUUCAUGGCAGAAUGUGAAGCAUUAGGAGCUGUGAGGCAUCGGAAUCUUGUGAAGUUGGUUACUGUCUGUUCGAGUGUGGAUUUCGAAGGAAAUGGUUUUAGAGCUCUAGUUUACGAGUUCAUGGCUAAUGGAAACUUGGACACGUGGCUGCACCCGGAAGAAGAAGCUGACGGUCGAUCUAGAGCCCUGACCUUUUUCGAAAGACUCAGCAUUGCUAUAGAUGUUGCUUCGGCUCUGGUUUAUCUUCAUACUUAUUGUCACUUUCCAAUAGCCCACUGCGAUCUUAAGCCAAGCAAUAUUCUUCUAGAUGAAGAUUUAACUGCUCAUAUAAGUGACUUUGGUUUGGCUCGUCUCCUCCUGAAAUUCGACCGGGAAUCAUUUCAUAUGAAGUUCAGCUCGACGGCUGUUCGUGGGACCAUCGGAUAUGCUGCACCAGAAUAUGGAAUGGGAGGUCAUCCAUCGAUAGUGGGAGAUGUGUACAGCUUUGGGAUCCUCCUGUUGGAAAUGUUCACUGGAAAAAGGCCCACCGAUGAGCUAUUCGUGGACGGUUUAACUCUCCAUGGCUUUACCAAAUCAGCAUUGCAGGAACGAAGAGCAGUAGAUGUCACAGACCAAUCUAUUAUUAUCCGUGGUUGUGCAGAUGAGGUCGAAAUGGUGGAAUGCUUGUUCCAGCUUGUGUAUCAGGUGGGAAUCAGGUGUUCAGAAGAAUCACCGGUGAACCGGAUAUCGAUGGCUGAGGCCUUAAGCAAGCUGGUCUCUAUCAGAGACACGUUUAUUGAAGACGGUAAGACCCUUUGGGUGACAAAGGCAUCUAUAUUUUCACCCGAGUUGUAGGUCAAGCAUAUACAGCAAUAAAUUUAGAUCUUAAAACAUUUUAUUAUACACACAAGGCAUGUACAUCCAUAUGUAUUAUAUUGGGAGCUUGUAAUAUAUAUUCAAUAUAGGUAAUACGUUUGUCUUGUUUGUAGUGAUCCUAUGUAUAUUUUGAAUAGUUCAUAAAAUA